GUACGCCUGUACUUAGUUUCACUUUCCCACGUGUUUCUUUCUACUUUUAUUAUUACCGAUCCCAAUUUGCACGAACUGGUUUCAAUUUAGUGACUUUUUCAGCCAGGGGAACAAAGGGGAAAAGGGAUUUCAUGUACAUUUAAUUAUGACUCUAAGUUUUCACUGUGUCUAACUGCUUAUUUGAAGAUUUUUAAAUGCACUCUUUUUACAAAUAACUGUCACUGUUUGAAAUUAAAUACAUUGUAAAGACAAGUUUAAUAAGUGACAACCAUGGACCCAAACACAGAUACUAAAGAAAGUUCAGUGGAAGAUAGUGAUGUGGGAGUUCUUACCAACAAAAGGGUUCCUAUGGCAUCUUCCACUAAACCUAACACAACUAAUGAUCAGCUUAAAAAUGACAAUGAGGAAACUGGAUCACAGUUGUCAUCUACAAAGUUUGUUACUAAAGAAACACAGGAAUCAAUAAUUAUUGGAACUGAGAAGAGACAAGACGUAAUUGACAUUGUUGUUGAAAAUGGUGAGAGAGAUGAAAUUGACAACAAGCCUAUUGAUGAAACUGAAAGUAACAAAGCAUCUGAGCUUUUACCAGUAUCUUCCGGCAAAGUUAGAAUGAAUCAUUCACACACCUCUGACAUUUCAACCCAUGAUUCACAACCAGUGACAAAAACAGCAGCAAACAUAGAAUCAUUACCCUCAAGCAUUUUGCCAACUGAACCAUUGCCAUCUAAACUGACAGAAAUUAUUGUGAUAGACACGAACAGUGAAUUGUGUAAAACAGAUGACAAAGCUGUUGAUUCAGCAUACAGAGAGAAACAGGAUGAAUCGUCUGAUUCCAGCAGUGAUUCAGAAGAUUCUGUAACAUUUAUGCAAGAGGAAAAGUGCAUUGUUAUUGACUCAGAUGAGGAAAAUAAAGCAAAAGGAAAGAAAGACAGUGACUUGAGGACUAAAGGAGAAGUGUACCCUGAGGAGUUACCUCCCCUUGAUGAGCUUGUUAUUACUGUGGAUCCAAAUGUAGAACUUGUCCAUACUGGUAGUAUUACAGGAGUUGUGGGAUGUUUGGUGAUAGUAAAAGCAAAUCAAAAUAUCCCUCCUUUGAAUGAGAACACCAUUCUGUUUUUGGAAGGAAGAGUGGUGCUUGGUCAGAUCUUUGAGGUGUUUGGACCUGUUGGAUCCCCAUGGUAUUCUGUCAGAUUUAACAGCACCAAGGACAUUGAGAAAAAGUCCAUCAGUAGUGGACAGAAGGUGUACUGUGCCCCAAAAGUAGAGAAGCUUACCAAUUAUGUAUUUGUAGAACACCUCAGACAAAUGAAAGGUUCUGAUGCAUCCUGGGAAGACAAUAAUGAACCGCCAGCAAAGUACAUUGACUAUUCUGAUGAUGAAGAAGAAAGGAGAGCCAAAGCGAAGGCUCGUAACCGUGGUAAUGAGGAAGAGGGUCUCCAGCUUCCUGGAGCUCGAAAAAUUCGCAGAAGAAGACAAAAAGACAGACAGACCUUUGAACCUGAAACAGAAGAAACAAAUUCAGGUGCUGGGGAAAGAAAAUCUGGCAACUUUGCCCAUACACACCAAGGGGAGUAUAGAAAUAAUAAGGCUGGCAGAGGGAGAAAUUUCAACCAAAGGGGAGGAAGACACCAGGGACAACCCAGAAUGGAAUACCAGUCCUUCCAACCAUUUGGAGCACCUCCAAGGUUUCCACAAAUGUCAGAAAAUCAAAACAGUCCAACAGUGUAUGAGAAUGGUGGACCAGUCAGGCCAUCUGUCUUCCAGCCAAGUGUGCCCCAGGUGUGGAACAAUCCCUCUCAGUAUCAAACCAACUGGAAUCCAAAUAACUAUUCAACCAUUGCUACCACACAAUCAACAAGUUUCCAGAUCAGUGGACAAAAUCCAACAAAUGAAACUUUACAAAGUGGAGGACAGUAUUACCCAAAUCUUAGUGGAAGAUUUCCCAAUAUGUCACUCCCUCCUCCCCCACAUUGUUUUGGACAGCCACCUCCUGUGUUCAAUCGGCCAAUGCUGACAGAUCAGAGGUACAUUCAGAAUCCUGCAUUCCAACAACUUCCAGGGCCCCAGUUUGAUCCAAAUGUUCCUCCUCCAAAUUUUAAUGUGGGAUAGCAUGGGAACUGUGUUUAUCUUUGUAAUUUUCUGUACAAAAAAUCUUCAACUCUUUGUUUUGUUAUAGAAAUAUUAGUGUAUGUACAGUAGCACAUUCUG